GUGGAAGAGAAAGAAAAGAAAACAGAGGACAGCGAGGAGUGAGAGAGAACAAAAGACGAAUCCAGAGAGAGAGGAGAAGAAAAGAAAGAAAAAGGAAGUGCCUGCUAACAAGGAUAUACUGUGAUGCCGACUCUAAGAAUUCAUGGAUAUGCCUUGCUUGUUUCAUCUUGUUUCAUCAUCCUCAUAGCAGCCUCACAAACAGAUCCUUCAGAAGUAAAUGCACUGAUAGACAUCAAGAAAAGUUUGAUUGAUCCCAUGGGCAAUAUGAGGAACUGGAAUUCGGGAGAUCCGUGUAUGGCAAACUGGGCAGGGGUUUGGUGCUCUGAUAGGGAGGAGGCUAAUGGUUACUUCCAUGUCCAAAAGCUCUACUUAAUGACUAUGAAUCUCUCGGGAAGUUUAGCACCCCAGCUUGGUCAGCUAUCUCAUCUUAAGAUACUGUCUUUCAUGCGGAAUAAUUUGACAGGCACAAUUCCAAAGGAAAUUGGAAAUAUUACAUCAUUGGAACUCUUGCUUCUAAGCGGGAAUAAGUUAUCUGGUACUUUACCAGAUGAGCUUGGCAACCUUACGAAUUUAGAUAGAUUCCAAGUUGAUGAAAACCAAUUGUCAGGUCCUAUUCCAGAGUCAUUUGUCAAAAUGGUCAAAGUUAAACAUCUCCACAUGAAUAACAACUCGUUCAACAAUCAACUUCCAUCCAAGCUUUCAAAGCUGCCCAAUCUUGUGCAUUUGCUUGUGGACAACAAUAACUUAUCUGGUUACCUUCCACCAGAAUUCUCUAUGUUAGAACGGUUAAGAAUACUUCAACUUGAUAACAAUAAUUUCAGUGGGAGUGGGAUUCCUUCUACCUAUGCAAACUUUUCCAGUUUAGUAAAACUAAGUCUGAGAAACUGCAGUCUGCAAGGAACUAUUCCUGAUUUCAGUUCAAUAGCCAACCUCACCUAUCUAGACCUUAGCUGGAAUCAGUUUACUGGACAUAUACCAUCAGAACUUGCAGACAAUAUGACAACUAUUGAUCUAUCCAAUAAUAAUCAUCUCGAUGGAUCAAUUCCUCGAAGCUUCAUAUACCCUCAUCUUCAAAAAUUGUCACUUGAGAACAAUUUACUGUCUGGAUCCAUCCCUGCUAGCAUAUGGGAGAACGUGGCCUUAAAUACUAAAGAUAAACUUACAAUUAAUCUCCAAAACAACUCGCUAUUGGAAGUUCUGGGAAAUCUGAACCCCCCAGCAAAUGUUACCUUAAGGCUUUCUGGCAAUCCAAUCUGUAACAAUUCUAACAUACGAAGUAUUGGUCAAUAUUGUGGACAUGUUGGAGGUGAAGAUGAAGAUGAAGUAGACCAAAACCCAACAAAUUCAACAACUGCCUGUCCAGUAGUUCUAGAUUGCCAAGCAGAUAAUUUCUAUGAAUUACAUGUCCCCUCUUUCCCAAUUCCUUGCUAUUGUGCAGCACCUCUGACAAUUGAAUACAGGCUGAAAAGUCCAAGUUUUUCUUACUUUCUUCCCUAUAUAAGUGGAUUUAUAGCAUAUAUAACUGAGUCCUUAAACUUAGACAACUAUCAGUUAUCAAUAAAUUCUUGGGAAGAUGGACAUCGUAUUACCAUGUAUCUAAAACUGUUUCCUUCAUACAAUGAUCCCGGCCAGUUGUUCAAUGCAAGCGAGGUUUAUCGCAUCAAAACUAUAUUUACAUCAUGGCUUUUUCCUCCCAAUCAUUUUUUUGGACCAUAUGAACUCCUGAACUUCACACUCAUUGGACCUUAUGCAAAUGCUAAAGAUUCGGAGAGGAGGAGUUCCACAAGUGCAGUCACAUUAGCUGCUGCUUUAAUAGCAGCUGCUGCUCUUUUGGCAUUAUCUGCUAUAAUCAUUAGCUUGAUUUCUACAAGAAAUGGAAAAUUUCAGCACUUGAUUUCCAGGAAAUCCCCUAAUGUAUCUAUUAAGAUAGACAGUGUGAAAGAAUUUACUUUCAGAGAAUUGGCCCUUGCUACUAACAAUUUUAGCAGCUCAACUAAAGUUGGUCAAGGAGGUUAUGGGAAUGUCUACAAAGGCAUUUUAUCUGGUGAAACACUUGUGGCCAUUAAACGAGCAGCAGAAGGUUCUUUACAAGGCAAAAAAGAGUUUUUGACUGAGAUUGAACUUUUAUCAAGGUUACACCAUCGAAAUCUUGUCUCGCUGAUUGGGUACUGCAAUGAAGAACAGGAGCAGAUGCUGGUCUAUGAAUUCAUGCCCAAUGGCACCCUAAGGGACUGGAUUUCUGGUAAAAGUGAAAAGGCCAAGGAAAGACAAAAUUUUGGUAUGGGGUUGAAAAUUGCAAUGGGUGCAGCCAAAGGGAUACUAUAUCUUCAUACAGAUGCUGACCCUCCUAUAUUCCACCGAGAUAUUAAAGCCGGCAACAUACUUCUGGAUUCCAAAUUUACAGCUAAAGUGGCUGAUUUUGGACUGUCACGGCUUGCAUCAUUCGAAGAAGGAAGUAACAAUACUAAAUACAUGUCAACAGUUGUGAGGGGAACACCAGGUUACCUUGACCCAGAAUAUGUGUUGACUCAAAAGUUUACUGACAAAAGUGAUGUCUAUAGCUUAGGAAUUGUGUUUCUGGAGCUUUUGACGGGCAUGCAACCAAUAUCACGUGGGAAACACAUUAUUUACGAGGUUAAUCAGGCUUGUCGAUCUGGCAAGAUAUAUUCCAUUAUAGGGAGCAGAAUGGGUUUAUGUCCAUCUGAUUGCUUGGACAAGUUUUUAUCUCUGGCCCUCAGUUGUUGCCAAGAAAAUCCAGAGGAGAGGCCAUCAAUGCUAGAUGUUGUGAGGGAACUAGAAAAUAUUGUUGCAAUGUUAUCAGAAAGUGAAGCUAGUUUACCAGAUGUUACCUUAGAUAAUUCAGGUGAAAUGGCACCCUCAUCAUCUUUAGGAUCUAACUCAGCAAGGGAGGACCAACACACGUACGCGUAUGUGUCAGGAAGUAAUCUUGUCAGUGGUGUCAUUCCCACCAUUGUUCCUCGCUGAUAUGCUAUACUAGUUUCCUUGAUGUUGGAAAUAAUUAUAUCUAAGAUUCAAUAUAUAUCAUGUAAUUAAUUGUAAU